AUGGAGGAGGACUCGCUCAAGGGGAUGAUCUCCGCCAUAUCCUGGGUGCCCAGGGGCGCCGCCAAGAGCAUGCCCGUCGUCGCCGACCCACCCACGCAGGAGGAGAUCGCCGAGGCCAUGAAGACCUUCGCCCUGGGAAGAGACUCCGGGAGCGACGUUGACGAGGAUGAUGAUGCUGGCAACAUGGAACUCGACGGUGCGGCAGAGGCGGAGGAAGAGGUGGAGGAGGUUGAUGAGGCUGCCAGGGCCAAGGCCGUAGCCAAGGCGCUCGCCAAGGGCUCCAGUAAGGUGGACGACGUUGCUGAUGGGCUCCGCGAGCUCAACAUGGAUGCAUAUGAUGAUGAGGACGAAGAGGUUGAUAUUAUGGGCUCUGGUUUGGGGGACUUGUACUAUCUGGACAAUGGAAUGGACCCCUAUCUCAAGAAGAACAAUGAGGAGGAGGAGGACGACGACGACGACGAUGACGAUUCGGACAUUGAAGAUAAGAUGAUCAUGCCUACCGAUUUUGUUAUUGUCUGCGCACACAGUGAGGAUGAUAUUUUCUCUCUUCAGGUCAACAUUCUUGAAGAAACAGAUGAUGGUGAACAAAAUAUCUUUGUGCAUCAUGAUGUUCCUCUUGCUGAUUUUCCGCUCUGCACUGCUUGGAUGGAUUUUAAUCUCAAAGGUGGCGAAAAAGGGAAUUUUGUAGCCGUUGGAACCAUGGAUCCUGCCAUCGAAAUAUGGGACUUAGAUAUGGUUGAUGAAUUGCAGCCGCACAUGGUGCUAGGAGGACUUUCAAAAAAGAAGGCAAAGGGCAAAAAGGGGAAAAAGUAUAAGAAAGGAAGUCACAGAAGUUCUGUGCUUGGUCUUGCAUGGAACAAGGAAGUGAGGAAUGUUCUAGCUAGUGCAAGUGCAGACACAACUGUGAAAAUCUGGGAUGUAGCUGUUGGUAAAUGUGCAGUCACACUAGAACACCAUGAUGACAAGGUUCAAGCAGUUGCUUGGAGCCCACAGUCACCUGAAGUUCUUCUUAGCGGAUCCUUUGAUAAAACAGUUGCCGUGAAUGAUAUGAAAGAUGGUGGACAGAGUUGCCAUAAAUGGUCUGUUGAAGCAGAUGUGGAAAGUUUAGCUUGGAAUCCACACAAUGAACACUCAUUUGUGGUCAGUCUUGAAAAUGGGAUGGUUCAAGCCUUCGAUAAGCGAACAGCUUCAUCAAGUUCUUCUGGCCAGUCUAUGUAUACCCUUCAUGCACACGAUAAGGCUGUUUCUUCCGUCUCCUUCAACCCAUCUGCCCCCAACUUUCUCGCAACAGGCUCAGUUGAUAAAAUGGUGAAACUAUGGGAUCUAUCAAACGACAAACCAUCAUGCAUUGCCUCCCAAAAUCCAAAGCUUGGAGCUAUUUUUUCGGUAUCAUUUUCAAAUGACAGCCCCUUCUUGUUAGCAUGUGGAGGUUCAAAAGGCAAACUAAAAGUUUGGGACACGCUAAGGGAGCCCGCCGUAGCUCACAAGUUCAGCAAAUAG